AUGACUACCCAUAACUUUUCAAUUGAAGAUCUUGCUAUGUCAUUGAUUGUUAGAUUGGAUAGGAAUAACAUUUUCCCACCAAUGCUUAACAAUCCCGAAUCCUUUCUUUCACCCACAGACAAUUUAACAAAUUUGUCAUUCCGUCGACCAAAAAGAAGUCCAAACGCGUUUCUUGUCUGCAGAAGAAAUGUACAUGAAGAGGCUACUCGAAAAGGCACUUUUAAUAUGCGCGUUAUAAGUAAAGUCACGGGCAUAUUAUGGAAGAACGCCUCUGCAGAAGAAAAGGAUGUAUAUAAAAAAUUAGCAGAUCGGGUUUAUGAGAUUCAUUAUAAAAGAACGUCAUCAAUAUAUAAAAAAAUGACAGUAUCAUCAUUAAAGGAGAGAGCAUCUUAUAAACCCUAUUAUUCAUUUCCGAUACAAUUAUCAACAGCAACGUCUGCCCCUCCACCCACAUCUCCCCAGAUAGAAACAUCAAUAGGACCGAUAGUACCUAUAGGACCCCUAAUACCCGUGGGAACUGUAGGAUCAGGAUCCACGUCAGUAUCAACUAGCUUACCACCUCCAUCACUUCCUCUUCCUCUCACCUCUACAUUAUAUCCAUCAACUCCAUAUAAUAAUACUUUUAAUUUCGAAAUACCAAAUAACGGGUAUAUUUCAUUAAAUAAUUUGAACCAUCAGCCCAAUAAUAUAGAUUAUAAUUCGUAUACAGAAAUUAAUGGUCAAAUUAUUCCAAAUAAUUACCAUCAUCAACAACAACAACAGCAAACCGAACAGAAUCAAUUGUUAUAUCUUUAUAAUAACAUUUUUUCAUUUAAUAAUCAAUAA